CGACUAUCUAUACUCAGCAUUGCUCUAACACUCAAUACAUCUACCUAUACCACUUCUACCUAUAACCACAAAUCAAAAUGUCCGCCAACGAUUAUUACGGCAACUCUAACAGCGGCUAUGGCCAGCAGGGUGGUUACCCUCAGCAGCAAAGCUAUGGCCAGCCUCAAUACGGCCAACAGAGUGGCUAUCCUCAACAGCAGCAGUACUCUCAGCCACAGUACUCUCAGCAUCAACAACCUCAGAGCUACGGGGGCUAUAACCAACAGCAACCUCAAUACUCUUCUCACAACCAACAGCCCAGCUACAACUCCCACUCCCCCGUACCUCAGCAGGGCUACGGCCAGCAGCACGGCUCAUCGCCUUACCCUCCCCAGCACCAGGACAACUCUCAGCACGGUGCUCCCGCUUAUCCCCAGCAAGGCGGCGCUCCAGGCCAGUACCCUCCUGGCCAACCCGGCCCCGACGGCGAACGAGGUCUGGGUGCUACACUCGCCGGAGGUGGUGCGGCUGGGUGGGCUGCCCACACCGCUGGAAGUGGCCUUCUCGGUAGUCUUGGUGCUGCGGCGGCUGGUGCUAUUGGUGCCAAUCUUCUCGAGAACAAGUUCAAGAAGAACAAGAAAAACAAGAAGGAUAAGAAGCACAAGAAGCGAGGUAUCAACGGUAGCUCUAGCAGCAGCAGUGACUCAGACUAAGUAGCUACGAUAACGAUGGGUAUGGCGUUUGGGAGUGUUAGCAUUAUAUUCCUUAGACUUUGAUGAUAGCAAAUGAAUGUUUUAUUUUAUUUUAUAUA